UUGCAAAUGGCUACAGCCUCUACUAUGGAGUAAUAAAAUGUGAUGUUAUUAAUUUUAUAAUGGAGAAGUUUGCCGUGGAUCUUGAAAAGGUUUUGGACGAGUUUGAAUAUAAUGAAGAACGAGAAGAAAAUAUUUCUGUUGCAUCAAUCAGAAACUCAUCACAUCCUGCUCUUGGUUUAGGGGCUUUGAGACAGGUCCCAGUGGUCAGACCUCCCGCUGCUAGUUAUAGAAGACCAUCUUUUGAACCAAUCAAUCUCGCAGAUGCCGAUUUUGCAGCCUCUCCGCCUAAAACUCCAUCUCUUAACUUUAACCUAGGAACAUCAGUCACUGAAAGACAAAAUGCUGAUGAAACCUUUGCUUUUGCUGGGAACAGAGCCCAGUUUAAUAAUAGAAACUAUGUAACAGACAACAAAUUAUUAUCAGCAUUAAACAAUGAAGCAAAUAUUAAAAAUCAGUUGUUAUCAGAAUCAGAAGAUGAAACCACUAAAGAAUGGCCACAACCUCAUAGUUCUAUUACAAACGAUGAAAAACCAGACUUGCUCGAAUACAACAGUAAAAACAUAGAUUUUAGCACCAAUAAUUCAGAAAUCCAUAAUCAACUUCCUGACAUAACUUCAGUGAGGUCAUUGGAUCACGAAUCAAACAACAACCAAAACGAGAAUAUCGCAAGUUCGUUAGACCUGAUAUCGUCCACUAGUAGUCAAUUUGCUGCUGAAAUCAAAGAUGUAACACUUUCGAGUGAUACUUACGAGUCAGGUAAGUCCAAAUACACAAUUCUCAGAGAAAAUCAUCUAAGUGAAAAUGGACCACAAAACAUUGCUCAAUCAUAUGAAAGUGUAAAUGUUCCAGAAAACGAAGAAGUAAACAGUGUGGUUUUGAAUCCCAGUGUUUCAGAUGUCAGUUAUGAAUAUUCUAGUUUACCAUUACAUUCAAACAUUACACAGGUAUUGAACAAUGUGAGUGAAAAUCCGGAAUUGAGUAAUAUUGUUCCAUCAAGUUCACAAGAGAAAGUUAGUGCUUCAAUUUCCUACAAUGAUAACAGGAGUAUUGUAGUUACGACUGGAGAAAAUCUUGGAAACGUAGAGGUUAACGUUGAUAGUGAAAAUAUUUAUAGCUCAAAAACUGAUACCGCAGAGUCUCUACAACCAAUAGGAUUCAAUGAUUAUGCAGAUGUUUCGGAAGGUGAGCUGGAGGAAUAUCUGAAAGAUUUGGAAGAAAUGGAGGAAACGGUUGAUUUCAAAGAUUUAAUUGUACCUGAAGAGUGUUUGAAAAUUGAAAUCACCAAUAAUGCAGAAAAUAAUCAGAUGUCAGUUGAAAUGAAGACAGGUGAACGUGGUUUUCCAGAUUACGUACCUGUUGAAAGUAUCAAAAUAAAAGAACAGGAAAACAUUGUAAAGGAUGAUAUGACUAAUGUUAUCUGUGACGUUCCGUCUAAAAAUGUUGUAGAAGGGAAAUCCUCAAUUUCAGAAAGAAGUAAAAAUGAUAUUACAGAAAAAUGUGAAUCUCCCGUUUAUCAGUCGGACGAUUUUGAUACAUCUACUAGCAGUACUCCACUGAUAUCUGAGAAUGAAUCAACUAGCGAAGAGGUUGAUAAGACUCAGGGUAAAAUAUUUCUUAGUGAAGUAAAAUCAGACGAAAGCCCAGUUAGUGAAAAGAUUACAUAUGUUGAUGUUCCUACAAGUAAAGAUAAUCCUGAAAAAAUUAGUACAAAUCCAUUCUGCAAUUCUAAUCCUUUUGAAAGCUCUAUGUCUAGUAGUAGAGAAUCCACAAAGGAUGUUGGUGGUGGCACAAAUCCUUUCGAUGACGAAGACAGCGGCUAUAUAAGUGAGAAGAUGGAAUCAAAAAGAAAAAGUACAAAUCCUUUUGAAGAAGAUGAUGAUAAAAACAUAACCGCUAGCAGUAUUUCUGAAACCGAAGAUCCUGCCAAGUUGGAAAAUCUAAAGGAAUGUUUAACUCUUACAGUUUCCAAACCUAAAAGUAAAAACGAAAAUGAAAAGGCAAAACUCAAUAAUUCUGCUUCAUCCGCUUCACAUAAAGACAAAAGUAAAAUAACUAAAGAAGAAAUACCGACUGUUGAACCAGUUCGUAAAUCUUCUCAUACAAAUGGUACAGACAAAUCCGUAAGCAGUAAUUCUGAAACUCAAGUCCCUGCCAUGCUGGAAAAUCUGAGAAUGAACGAAUGUUUAACUCUUGAACCCAAAAGUAAAAAUAAAGAAAAGGAAAAGGCAAACAUAAAUAACUCCGCUUCAUCCGUCUCACAUAAAGAAAAAAGUAAAAUUACUAAAGAAGAAGUACCGACUGUUGAAACCGUUCUUGAAGCUUCACAUACUGAUGAAAAUACAGUCAACAAUACCAAGGAGUUGAGAGUUCAAAACAAUUCUGAAAAGGAGUCUUUACCCAGCACUAGUAGCAGUCAAGAAAAUCUUCCUAAAACACUGGGUGGUUCAACUAAAAUGAUCCCUAUUAAAACAGCUACUGAGUCACCUUCAGCUGAAAAUGUAGACGAAGCUGGUGUGGUAGCGGAGGAGGAAAGACCUCCGAGGCCGAACUCAUUGGAACUUCCAAAGAAGAUAACCGUUGAGGCAGCCGAGCCACAAUCACCUCCUCUACUAUCACCUCCGCUGUCACCACCUAUCACAGGCCAGUUGGCAAGAGAGUUCGGCCCCGAGGACCGACGGCUCGGCAAGAUUCCUCCGUUCUGGGUGCCUGACACAGACGCACUCUCGUGUAUGCAGUGUCAGCAGAAGUUCACCGUCAUCAAGCGACGACAUCACUGCAGAGCAUGUGGCCAGGUAUUGUGCUACAAAUGCUGUUGUAAUAAAGCGAGGCUGGAAUAUAUGAACUUUACAGAAGCAAGGGUUUGCCAUCCAUGCUUCACUAUACUAGAAGCCUUGAACGCUUCGGAGGCGUCUAGUCCUCUUGGUCGUCAGCCAAAUCCUAACAACCCCAUGGAGUAUUGCUCCACUAUACCCCCGCUGCAGCAGGUUGCGGGAUCACUCCAUCAACCUCCGCCCAGCGUGAUGGUGCCAGUUGGAGUCCUCAAGCGAGAAGGUAGGAGCAGGUCAGAAGUGACGAAACAGGUGAUGUUCAGCGAUGGGAUUAGACCCGGAGGCGAUCUGACUGAGUUAGACGGCUCGUGUGAACCGAGGAUGCCUUUCCGUCGACCUGGUCGACUCACUAAACGAGUUGGUACCCCUCCAGGUGGGGUUGUUUCACCGUCCAUGCGUCGGGUGCUCGACCCGUCCACACUUAGCUUCAUCCCAGCCGAGGGCGACUCUAAUCUACCUCCGAUGGUGUCCAGGGUGCAGGGCGAGAUCACAUUCUCUGACCUGGAGACGCCCAUCGCCCUCAACCAGCCUAACGUCAAGUUUGCCAUCAAUCGCAACCUGUUUGUCAUCCUCAAACGGGUCAUGUUGGACUGCUGUGUGAACCGAGAGUGCUGGUGUUUCAGCACGGAGGGUCUCGCCUGCGUUGGUCAAGACGAGAUCGUGUUCCUACUAGAGUGUCUUCCCGAGGAAUCCCAACCCCCCAAAGAUAUUUUCCUGCUAAUCAACAACCUGUAUCAAGAAGCGGCUAAAGGGUCUACAGUCAGUGAGAUGUCCUUCACGCCAGCCACCCCCAACAUGCUCGGCUCUAAGGACCACGGGGGGUUCCUGUACAUCAGGACAUCCUACCAGUGUCUGACGCAAUUGGUGCUGCCCAACCCCCCUUACCUGGUGGCACUGCUUAUAAACAGGUGGGAGACGCCAUGGGCUAGACUGUUCCCGCUGAGGUUGGUGCUAAGGCUAGGCGCUGAGUUCCGCUACUACCCUUGUCCUCUGGUGUCUGUGCGCAACCGACCUCCGUUGUACACUGACAUCGGUCACACCAUCAUCAACAUCUUGGCUGACUUCCGUAAAUACUCGUACACGUUACCCAGCGUGAGGGGUUUGGUGAUUCACAUGGAGGAUAGACAGACCACAAUCAACAUUCCUCGGAACCGAUAUGACCAGGUUGUCCGAGCGUUGAACAACUCCAACGACAGUGUGUUGGCGUUUGGUGCCAAUCUGAGUCUAGCGGCCGACUCACACCUCGUAUGUAUGCAGACUGCGGAGGACGAGAACACUGCGUACACCACGCAGGCUAUCAACAUUCACAACAAGCCUCGUAAAGUGACUGGGGCCAGUUUUGUCGUAUUUAACGGUGCCCUCAAAGUGCCAGGGUUGGCGGGCAAGUCCAACAUCGUAGAAGAUGGACUGAUGGUGCAGGUGCCAAGUGAGACGAUGACAGCUCUCCGGACCGCGCUGCGUGACAUGCGCGACUACACCAUCGGCUGUGGACCCAACGCUGAGGAGACAGUCGCCUUGCUGUGGACUGCAGAUGAUACCAACUUCAACAUUGGAGUGAAAAGCAGUAUAGAUGGGAGGCCUUUGGAUGGAGUGCCUUCUAUUAGAGUCCACAACGGGACGGACUACUCUGGCGGGACUCGUAUUAUCAGAUGGACGGAAGUAUUCAUUCUGCAGUGUGAUGACUCUGAACACUCGAGCGAGCCUCUAGACAUCAGUAGACUGUCUGAGUCCAUCGCCCGAGCCACCUGCCUUGCCCUCGUGCCGCUUCUGGACCUGUUGUCUGCCGCUUCGUUUUCUACAUUAGCUGUACGGACAACGAUACAUCCAGACAAUGUCGGUUAUGAGGCUGGUAGCAAUGGUGAGAAACUUCCCCCACUCUACAUGAAGAGUCUGGACGAAGAGUUGAUUGCAGUAGUCCAUCAGGCAGCGCUGGCGUCACAAGACAAUCCGUGCGUGCUGGAACUCGUCUUUAGGAUCAUGGAACAAGGGUAGGGUGUAUUUCUCAACUGGGUUUUAAGUCCCGUUUUUAAAACUCGCUAGGUGCUCAGAGAAAAUAUUUCAUCCCUGGAUUAGUUUUUAAAUUCGUAUUUUAUAGUCAGUCAAACUAUAGUGAGUGAACUAGCGUUCUCAAUAUGUCUAAGCCUCUGCUUUAAAGCAGAUUUGUCGAGAAUUCGGGAAGAAGAAAGUACAGUAACAUGAAGAGAUUAAUAUUACAACAUGCAUUGUUUAGAUUGUAGAUUGAGAAGUUUUGACAGUAUUGCAAAAACGUUUUCGUGUUGUAAAAUGCCAUGUUCUCAUACUGGUUUUGUUUACUAACAAUUUUAUCUUUCGAAAUUCAAUAUUAUCGUCAAUCAACCUUAUUUUAAUGAUAAAUCUGUACAGAAAACAUUUUCUAUUGAUAUAAUGACUUCAAUGCUUUAACAAUGUCCGUUCUAAUAUGAAUUGCCUUCAUAAUCUCAUUAAGAGGGAAAAAAACUACUGUACAGGUAAAUUUAUUUAAAUUUGCUAUUUUUAGGUUAAAAAUACUAUCGAUUAUUUCCCGUUACUUUCUUAUUUACAGCUUUAAGCCAUUUGUAAAAUAUUUAGUAUUCUAGUUACCAUAUGUUAAAUAUUGAUCACAAAUAUUGCAUACAUUAACUCUUUACCAUAUGUUUAGUAUAAGGUUAAACCAGUGCACCUCUUUAUUGUUCAAUUAAAAAUUUGAUUAGAAGAGGAAAAUUUAUUAUUAAAUAGACUACAUAUAUGGAAGCUAAAUAAUCAUUCUUCAAAUCUAAUUUUUUAAAUCAAAUGUGUAUGUCGUUGAAAAUGUUUAUUAUGCCUACAUUUAAGAAUUAGUUGGAUAAUUUAAAUUUCUAACUUUAUUUUAAAGCUAGUUUUGUUUUUAAAAUCAUUGUACAGAAGGUACGUCAGGUUUAGCUUGAUCAUUUUGUACUGAAAGGAUUGUCGUUUGGUAGUAGAUCUUGGUCCGGACCAAAUUAAAUAAGCCUUUAGAGUUAAGAGUAGAUUGAAUAGUCUUAGGUUAAGUUUUUGUUUUAAAUAUUGUUAAAGAUUUCUGGGCAGCUCUAAGCUUUAUGAAUUACGUUUAUCACCAAAUGUGUGCCGUUUUCAAUCACGAUUUUAUGUGACAACUUGUUAUAUUUAUGGAUGCAUAUAAAAGAGGUAUCAGUUGAUUAAAUCAUAUUUUUUCAUUGUUCCUUCCAGGAAUGAACACUAAUAUGGAAGGCUACUUUUUUGUAACAUUUUUUAUUGAAGGAAUGGAUUUGUCUUAGGUUUGUGGCAACGAAAUGAGGUACAAUUAGUGUUUGAAUUUUGGACAGUAAUAUUUCAUCCAAAUUAUCAAAUCUGGUUAGCCUUAGUGCAUAACAUAAAGGUUUUUACAUCAGGUAAUUUCCUUAUUUAAAAGAAAUGUUUUUAGUAUUAAUACCAAUAAUUUAUAAAUUGAUGUUGACAUUUGAAGUGAAAACCUAAACAAAAUGUUUAUGGGAAACAAUUAUUCAAAUUUACACACUAUCGGAAAAGGAUAUUUAAAUUGGUUUAUGUGUACCUCAUUACAUUCUUGCUUGGAACAUUGUUAUAGAAUUGCAAAUUAACUACCUUUAUUUUGCAUUAUCACAAAUUUAGUUUUCGAUUUUGGAUGUAGCAUCUCUUUUUCUAUCAACAUUAAUACCCUUAAAUUAACUUGCUCAUUUUCAACAACAAUUUUCACAACAAAUUACAGCUUUAAAUUUAAUUUUAAUCUAGGUAUUUAGAUUUAAAUAUUAUGAGUUAUGCAUUGUGAAUAUAAUUUUACAUCACGAGUAAUUUAAAAUCUCAGAUUUAAAAAAAAAUUGAUAAAUAUUUUGAAUAAUUGUAAGUAACAAAACAAAUAAACUACCAUGUUAUUUAACCCGAAAAUUGACACUGGCUUAAUACUUAGGGUUUAUUACUAAGUAAUAUUUUCAUUACUGAAAUAAAAUGUCCUAUCCAAUUGUGAAGAUUUUAGGCAGGAUCGUUAUUGUUCUUUUGCUCGUUUUAUGAACUGUUUUAUAUCAAUAUUUUAUCUGUAGUGUAAAUAAUUAUUUUAAUAAUUUGCUAAAAUUAGAUGCCUUACUAAUGUGAUUUAAAAUUAAUGUUUUUCGGGAAUUUCCUCUCGGCAAGAAACUUUUUAUCUUGUAUAUAUCUCUUGUAUGAGUUGAACCUUAACUACGAAAGGAAAAGAUUGUGGAUUAAAAUUGGUGAUCAGGUUGUUAACUAUGUAAAAGUAAUGUCACGUUAGUUUUAUAAACGAGAAGAGAAAAGGAAUUGUAUAUAAGAGGGUUUAUUUGAGAUAAAGUAGGUUUUUGUAUAUUCUACUUUAUAAAACAUGCAUGUAAUGUCAAAUUGAAAGUGUAAAGGAUUGUAUAGUCAUUAUUACUAAUAUUUAUUGUUAUAUUAUAAGUGCAAUAAACAAAAAUUUAAACCUU